AUGUCGACCACAAAGAGAGCGCUCGAAGCGACCCCCUCAGCCACCGAGCUACCUAAGCGGAAGGGUAGCAAGCCUGGUCGGAAACCACUCGACACUGAGGCCAAGAACAAGCGAACGGCGCAAAACCGGGCAGCUCAGCGGGCGUUCAGAGAGCGCAAAGAGCGUAAAAUGCAGGAGCUAGAGGAAAAAGUACAGCAGCUAGAGAAAAUACGAGAGCAGAACGAGAUGGAGAGCGAGUUUCUGCGGUCACAGCUCAUGACGCUCAUCGCAGAGCUCAAGCGGUACAGGCCGGAGCAAUCUACGGAAUCUCAAGUGCUGUCGUACUUGGCAAAGCGCGAGGAAGAGCGCAAGACUGAAACCACAACUGGAGGCUCCAGCUCGUCUGUUGGGGCCGCUUCCAGCGAUCCAGAAACCUCUGUCAGUGAUACAAGGUCGUCGUCGGCCGACACGCAUGUGCAGGAAAACAUAGACAGAAAAAAGAAUUUCACGUUCGAAUUCCCCUGGAAAACGCAGCAAGCACAGUCGUUUGCACAACUGGCGUCGCCGGCGGGCAGUUCUGCCGCGUCCGCCACGUCCAUCAAUCACAAGCCGUCGCUGGCGAGCAACACCCCUAGCACAUCUUCUGGGUCGAUAGACAUGUUUUACACAUCCGAUAACCAAUCUCUUCCUAAAUUUGUCACGGAGCCCAUAAGCAACGAUUUCGAUUUUAAUUCGCACUUCGACGAGCAGGUCUCGGAAUUCUGUUCCAAGAUGAACGAAGUCUGUGGCACCAAGGAGUGUCCCGUCCCCCCAGCACUUCCCCUAGAAAAACAGCUAACGAACACGUGGGACUCGCCCCAGUUCGGACAGGUCGGUUUCGGUGCAGAAGUGGACGACACUAACAAAUGGAUGCUAGCUGGUGCGCAAAACAGCUCCGCUCACCCCGGUUCUAUCCCAGCGCCAAGCACGGCCGACUCGCUACCUUUCAUCGACGCUUCCAUCGCAUUCCCCUCGGACCGCGAAACAGACAUAUUCCGCAACACGAGCGACGACGUGCUGGGGCAAUUUUUCGAAGACGACCCCAUCGUAUCGCAGCUCACUACCGAAGAGAGCAACUACGACCAAUUCAAGACUCCACACGAGGUUUCUCGCUCGGAAAAGUCUACGGGCUCAAUCGACUCUACGGGAUCUGCCGUGUCUGCUGCUUCGGUGCCCACUGUAUCUACUACGAGCACAGAACCCAACUACACAACUGGCAAGGCGGAUUCCACCGACGUUGCAGCCGCCGUUUUCGAGGAGAUCGUACCCUCGCGCGAUGGCAGGUUGCUUAAAUGCUCUGAGGUUUGGGACCGUAUCACUGCACACCCAAAGUAUUCCGACCUGGACAUCGACGGGCUGUGUAUGGAAUUGAGGACUAAGGCCAAGUGUUCCGAAAAGGGAGUCGUCGUCAAUGUAGACGACGUUCAGCAGGCGCUGACGAAACACAUGUCUUAG